AUGGCCCCCAAAACCCUGUCGUCGUCGACUUUAAAGCAUCAAACCCCAGCACAGCAAUUAAUCAAGGUGGUUCAAACUCAGCAAUUUUACUGGUUUCUAGGACAUGUAUUUGCUAUUUUGUUUUCAGUUUUGAGUGGAUUAACCGGGUUAUUUUAUAGACAAAAGGCUUCGUUGAGACAAUAUCGGUUUGCAUUGUUAUCAAUUAUUAUUACUUAUAUCAUAGUUAUCAAACAAGUUUAUUUCAAAAAUGGAUUAAAACAAGUGACAGUUGCCAGAUUGUUGAGAGACGAAAACGUCCAAUACACGCUUUUUGCAUCAAUAUUGUACUUUGCAAGUCUUGUUACUGAGAGCCAGGUUCCUACAAGUUUAUGGUCGUACGACAUAUUUGCCGUUUUCCACGUUUUGACCUAUUUCCAAAAUCACUUGCUUAGUGCCUUUAUACCAUCGUUACAAACGCAACAGAGACUCAAUUCAAAGAUUAACGAGUUUACAAACAAGUUCAACCAACCGGCACUAUACACUGCUUCAUCUAUUGAAAUUGUGAUGGUAUUGACCACUGGUGCUGAGCUUAUCUUGCUUCCUAUUGCCUUAAUCUUGAGAUGGCGAAGCUUUACUUUUUGUGCUACAAAGGUGUUUGUCUUUUUAUCAGUUGUAAUUUUCAACAAGUUGAGAUUUGAUGCUAGCCAAUAUACGAAAUCGGCAGUAAGUCAAUUAGAAAAUACUUUUGCUGGCUACAUUGCUAGAAUUAACAAUCCUAAAUUGACUCAAUUGUAUGCCAGUUUAAAAGCACAUAUUUUAAACAGUUUGAAGUUGAUCCAAUUACCUAAAGAAACAAAAAAGACUCAAUAG